AAUCAGGCGUGCAGCCGGACAGAAGGGCGCGGCUUCCGGGAUCUGGCGGGGCCUUCGUCUCUCUUGCCAGCCUCAGCUGGGUCGUCUUCUGUGCUCGGCGUGCUCUGCUCGGGGAAGCUCAGGUGGCCGCCACAGCCUCUUGCCCUCUGACCUGCAGGUAUCAGGAGAUCCAUAGCUAAGAAGCCUGGACACCCGGGAAGCUGGGAAAUGCUCUGCCAGAUCAGCCUGCUUCCCAGGCCGUAUCCCACCCUGAAAUCUCCGUCACAGAAUUCAUUAGAAGACAUCAGAGUUGUUGCGUGGUGGUUCCUGUGAUCUCUCCAGAGCAGGUGCCGACAAUUUUCCCAAAUCCAAAAGCAGGUGUGAUUUGUCCAGAUAAUCUCACCUGAGAAGGAAUCCCAGAGAAGAAGGAAGAAGAGGAAGAAAUGGCUGGUUCUCAGGGACUGUUGAUAUUCAGGGAUGUGGCCAUAGAAUUCUCUCCGGAGGAGUGGAGCUAUCUGGACCCUGCUCAGCAGAAUCUGUAUAGGGACGUGAUGUUAGAAAACUACAGAAACCUGGUCUCCCUGGGUAUUGCUGUCUCUAAGCCAGACCUGAUCACCUGUCUAGAGCAAAGGAAUGAGCCCUGGAAUGUGAAGAAACAUGAGACAGUAGCCAGACACCCAGCUGUUUCUUCUCAUUUCACCCAAGACCUCUUGCCAGAGCAUGGUAUAAAAGAUUCAUUUCAAAAAGUGAUACUGAGAAGAUAUGGAAGCUGUGGCAUUGAGAAUUUACACUUAAAGAAAGAUUGGGAAAGUGUGGGUGAAUCUAAGGUGCAGAAAGAAUGUUGUAAUGGACUUAACCAAUCUUUAUCAACGACACAUACCAAAAUCUUUCAAUUUAAUAAAUGUGUGAAAGUCUUUAGUAAAUCAUCAAAUCUAAAUAGACAUAAGAUAAGACAUACUGGAGAGAUAUCUUCCAACUGUAAAGAAUGUGACAAUUCCUUUUACAUAUCCUCAGUUCUAACUCCACUUCAGAGAAUCCACACCGCAGAGAAAUCCUACAAGUGUAAACAAUGUGGGAAAGCCUUUAUGCACUGCUCAUGCUUUCUUGAACAUGAGACAAUUCAUAAUGAAGAGAAACAUUACAAAUGUAAAGAAUGUGGAAAAGUCUUUAAAUCCUUCACAAGCCUUUCUAAUCACAUUAUAAUUCAUACUGGAGAGAAACUCUAUAAAUGUGAAGAAUGUGGCAAAGCUUUUAACCACAGUUCAAACCAUGCCAAACAUAAGAAAAUUCACACUGGACAGAAACCCCAUAAAUGUGAAGAAUGUGGCAAAGCCUUUAACUGGUUCUCAUACCUAACUCUACAUAAAAGAAUUCAUACUGGAGAGAAACCCUACAAAUGUGAUGAAUGUGGCAAAGCUUUUAACCAGUGUUCAAACCUCACUAAACAUAAGAGAAUUCAUACUGGAGAGAAACCCUACAAAUGUGAAGAAUGUGGCAAAGCUUUUAACCGGUGCUCACACCUUACUGAACAUAAAAGAAUUCAUACUGGAGAGAAGCCCUAUAAAUGUGAAGAAUGUGGUAAAGUCUUUAUAUCUUGUUCAAGCCUUUCAAACCAUAAGAGAAUUCAUACAAGAGAGAAAUGCUACAAAUCUGAAGAAUGUGGCAAAACCUUUAACCACUGCUCAGACCUCAAUGUACCUGAGAAAAUUCAUACCUGAGAAAAAUCCUACAAAUGUAAAAAAUGUGGCAAAGCCUUUAAUACCUGCUCGUGUCUUACUCAGGACCAGAGUUCAUAUUGAACUAAAGAAUUAUAAAUAUAAUGACUGUCACAACACCUUUCACAGAAAAAAAUAAUUUUACCACAGAUUAAUUUGUUCAUUAAUGGAACUUUAAUUCUGUGGGUUUUUUUUUUUUUUUUGGUCUACAUAAAUCUGUCCUUAUGCCAGUACUAUAUUGUUUAAUUACUGUAACAUUGUAGUAAGAAUUUAUAUCAGGAGUGCAAGUUACUAAAUUUUGUUAUUAUUUUUCAGAAUUCUUGUGUGUUUGAUUUUCUUUACAUGUUUAUAUGGAUUUUAGGAAGAGCUUGUCAAUUUAUAUUAAAGAAAAGCUACAUUGGAAUUUGCAUUGAAUUUGUAGAUAAAUUUGUUGGGUAUUUUGAUCUUCAUAUUCAGUAUUGUUAUAUUUGAAUAUUGAGUAUAUCUCAGUUUAUUCAGCUCUUUGAUUUCUUUCAGCAUUUUAAAUAAUUUUCAGUGUAUAGUAUGUGCAGUUAUUUUGUUAAGUUCAUUUCUAAUUUUUUUUUCUAGGAUACUAUUAAUGAAAUUUUAAUUUAAUUCUUAUUUUGUUUAUUCCUAUAAUAUAAAAGUACUAUCUAACCUUGUAUGUUGAUCUUGUGGCAUUGAUGAACUUCUAUAUUAGCUCAAGUAGGUUUUUAUUUAUUUAUUACUUUAUUUUAUUUUAUUUUAUUUUAUUUUUUUGAGACAGAGUCUCACUCUGUCACCCAGGCUGGAGUGCAGUGGCCGGAUCUCGGCUCACUACAAGCUCUGCCUCCUGGGUUCACGCCAUUCUCCUGCCUCAACCUCCCAAGUAGCUGGGACUACAGGCGCCUGCCACUGUGCCUGGCUAAUUUUUUGUAUUUUUAGUAGAGACAGGGUUUCACCAUAUUAGCCAGGAUGGUCUCGAUCUCCUGACCUUGUUAUCCGCCUGCCUCGACCUCCCAAAGUGCUGGGAUUACAGGCGUGAGUCACCAUGCCCAGCCUCAAGUAGGUUUUUAAUGAAUUUCUUAUACUUUUAAAAUACAACAUUAUGGCAAUAAAAGACUAUUCCACUUCUUUUCUAA